UUACUCUCUCGCCUUCCUCCCUUCUUCUCUACUUUUCGGUUUUAGGGCUCAGUCUCACACUACUCCGAAAAAUCACCGUAAUACCACUGACCCGUCUUUCGCGUCUCUCUCCACCGAGGACUCGCAACACGUUUUCUGUCGCUCUCCUCGGUGCGUCGUGUUAGCUAGGGUUUCGUGCUUCCCCUUUUUGUUCUUCAGAAGAAGGCUCGAAGAACUGGAAGAGGAGAAAGUAAAAAUAAAGAAUCUUUGUUUCACAAAUUUCCAAAUUCUCAAUUGGGGACCUUCCAAUCUCAAGGUGGUUUUUGGUGAUAAAAGAAGUCAAUUUGUAGUAGUAUAAUGGUAUUUAUGUGAUUUAAAUUUGCCAAGAAAAUUUCCUUGGCCCUCCUAAUAUUUGAAUCAAGAUCCACCACCGCGCGGGAGUUUAAUGCACCCUCUUCUUUCGGCGUAGUGAUAUUAAAGCUCAUAGCCUGAGCAAUAUUUUUGCCGUCUCUCUUUGCUUCAAUUGCUUAAUUCACCGUGGUAAUGGAAAUCAAUGAUGUGGAAGAUGAAGACUUUGGGUUCUCUAGGAAUUACUUCCUGGCGAAGGAAUCAGGCACUUCGGCGAAAAAAUCAGCGCACAAGCUCUGUGAUAUUGAUCUUGUUGCUGAGGAGGAACUUAGAACAACGGCUUUCGAUCUCAUCCCGAAGCAUGACAAAGAAGUUAAAGCAUUGAUAGGUAGCUAUAGAAGUGUAUAUCAGGAAUGGGUAUUUGAACUGAGGUGUGGGUUUGGCCUUCUCAUGUAUGGUUUUGGAUCAAAGAAAACCUUGAUUGAAGAUUUUGCUUCAACAACUUUGACAGAGUAUUCAGUUCUUGUAGUCAACGGUUAUCUUCAAUCAGUAAAUAUCAAACAGGUAAUUGUUGCAGUGGCUGAACUUUUAAGGGACCAAAUCAAAGGCAAAAGGAAAACUACAGGCAGCUUGUCUAAAGUUGAACAACCAUUCAGUUCUAAAUCCAUAGAAGAUGUGUUUGCUUUUCUGGAUGGAUCAGUGGAAGAGGAAAACGAUUCUUUCGUGUGUGUUGUUAUUCAUAAUAUUGAUGGACCUGGUUUACGGGAUUCAGAUAACCAACAACUUCUUGCACGAAUGGCUGCUUGUUCUCAUGUUCAAAUCGUGGCUUCAAUUGAUCAUGUCAAUGCAUCUUUGCUAUGGGAUAAAAAGAUGGUCCACACACAAUUCAACUGGUGCUGCCAUCACGUCCCAACAUUUGCGCCAUACAAGGUUGAAACAACGUUCUUUCCUCUCAUUCUUGCACACAGUGGUAGUGGUCAGACUGCAAAAACAGCUGCAAUAGUUUUACAAAGUUUAACGCCGAAUGCCCAGAGUGUAUUCAAAGUUAUUGCUGAGUAUCAACUGGCUCAUCCUGAUGAAGAAGGGAUGGCAGCAAGCGAUUUAUACACAAUUUGCCGAGAGCGGUUCCUUGUAAGUAGUCAGGUGACUCUGAACUCUCACCUAACGGAAUUUAAAGAUCAUGAGUUGGUCAAGACGCGAAAACAUUCUGAUGGUCAUGAUUGCUUGUAUGUUCCCCUCACAAGUGAAGCUAUUCAGAAACUAUUAAUGGAGAUCAGUCAAUAAUUAUAUUCUUGCUAUGAAUAUUAUCUUUUUUGUAUACACAGAUAUUAACUAUUAACUAAAACUUCAUCUGGAAUUCACCCAUUUCUUGAGCUCAACUCAAUUUGGAGCUAUUGAUCAUCAUGUCAGAAGUCACUUCCAUGUUUGGACAUUUAUAUUCCACCUAUGUUUUCUAUCAUUA